AGGGAGAGGGCGGGGCCGGCGGCUCCGGAGUGGAGGAAGAAGCCGGGCCUCCCGCCUGCGCGCGGUCCUUCCUCCUUCUCCCGCACUUACUGCUGGAGCCGCGUUCCGCCGGCGCCAGCGACAGCAAGAGACUGGGAAACAUGAGAGAUUGGACUGAGUAUUACACCAGAGAACUUGCUGGUAGGAGAACUAAACGCUGAAGAGAUUAAAGUGAGUUUGAAGAUGGCCAAAGAAGAGCCCCCAAGUGUCUCAAAGGACUUACAGAAGUUCCAGAGGAACCUAUCUUUGCUGAUAAAGUCCUUUCAGAAUAACUCAAAGGUGGUUGCUUUCACGAAGUCUCCCAUGGGUCAGUACUUGGACAGGCAUCCUUUCCUGGCCCUCUCCAUGCUGGUGUUCGUGGCCAUGUCUGCUGUCCCUGUUGGGUUCUUCCUGCUCCUCGUGGUGCUCAGCUCCCUGGCCGCUCUUGUAGGAGUCCUGUUACUGGAAGGACUGGUCAUUUCUGUGGGUGGCGUUACACUACUUUGUGUCCUCUGUGGUUUGGUCUUCAUAUCACUUGCCCUGUCAGGGACGAUCAUCGUGUGCUAUGUGGUGGUCUCCAGCCUCAUCAACUACUGGUUUUCUUCCAGGAUGAUGUGUCUGAGCCAAGAUCCACCCCCGGCCCGUGAACCCUGCUCUAAAAGGCACCCGGAACCUUCUACCUUCUGUGCUGCCCUCCUUAGCCCAUUGGUUUACUACCUCAUGGCCACAAGAUAGCACAUUUACACCAGACCACCGGCAAAGCAAAACCCCAGUGUCGACUGUCAGCUGGCUAUGAAGUCUGCAGGCCUCGAGGGGCUCUACCAGGAAUGACUGGCUGGAUGGGACCAGAGAUGUUUCCAGGCUUCUCAGGAAAGCUCCUGGGUCAUGCUCACCCCGUGGGACCAGGACUCAGACAGGGCCUGGAUGGUCAAGCGUUCCCUGGCUGUGUCCUGCAGCUUCUUCACAAACUGUGUGUAAAAUCCUUCAGUGGCCAGCAUGGCCUCUUGCCCCCCACUCCCAGGUAUGCAGACUUGACCUUGGCAGAGCCUGGGGCUCCAGAGCCGGCCUCAGGACUUGUGUCCCAGGUCUCAAGGCAACGGUGGCUUGUUUUUGAGAAUUUCUUUUAUGUUUUGAAAUGAGGGAAGCUGUUUAUCUUUUCCACUCAUUUGAAAUAAGGGGUGAAAAAAAUCCAAACCAAAACCAGCACAUCUGCCUUAUUUGCUAUUUAUCAGAAAGAACAGCACAAUUUGGGAAUAAUGGCCUCCCAAAGUUGGAAGAGUCCUCAUUUAAUUUUGUGUCCAAGAGCCUUUCUGAAAGUCUGAAGGCAUCGUUUCCACUAUUACUGCUGAGUGCUAUUCAGUGCUGUUCAUCUCUUACGUAUUUGCACUCGAUACUUUUGUACUGAUUCGGAGAACUUGUCCUGUUAAGCAAUUGCUUUUAAAAAAAAAAAAUGUAAAGGACUAUAAAACAAAUAAAACAUCCUGUAUGAUUUCUC